UGAAAAUAUUCCUAACGUCCCCAUAUCACUCAUGCCUCUUAUGUAAACAUUCUGACAUAGCAUAGCAGUUUCUUAUUCAUAUUGCUCGAUGUAUCGUUCUCAAACAGUUUUUCACCUAAUGUUGAAUCUCAAAUCCCUUUCAAACAGUAGAUUAAUGACUUAUUCUGACUUUUGUUCGUUCUAUAAAUACCUAUCAAAUCACCGUCUGCGUCCAACAUGUACACUCAGCAGAAGAACUCUUGUCUCUUAUACGCAAGGACAAUCGCCCGAACCUCGUAUUCGGGAAUAUUUCUAUUACAUCGAUCACCAAGGAAUGUUAUUUCUUGAUGAUUCUCGAAUGAAGAACUUUACCUCUUGUUUUAAAGAAAAAAAGUUUUUGGCAUUCUUCUUCAAAAGACUUCGUAAAAAUGAAACUGGCCGUUACAUGAAUGAUUUUCCCUACCUGUCACUAUGUGGAAGAGAACGAAAUUUUGUCAGAUGUGAUGAUCUGCCAAUCGUGUUUACACAUGUUAUUCGAAAGGAAGACUUAGAUACUGGAGUAGUGAAAAAUCAAUUUAGUUAUGCACAUGCUGAUGAGUUACUAACGGUUCCUUUUGAGCCAGCAAAAAUCUUCAUGAGCAUGGAAACUGGACGAGUUUAUCAUCCUGCACCAAUAAUUGCUGGUGGCAUAGGCUUGGUGCGAUCUAAGCUGGCAAUAGAAUUUAGCAAAUACUUUGAAUUCCACAACGGCGAAGAACAAAGUCCAACGCAUUUUUCUUGGGACAGUAAUAGAUAUGAUCUGGAUUCCGAAUGGCAUGAAAAAAUUACAAAAAAAGAUCUGUGACAAAUUAUUAAACUAAUUAUUUUUACUGUCAUUUUGUUGCAAUUCGUUUAAAGUAUACAUUU